UAUAUUAAAAUGGUAAAGAAUCUUAGGCAAUCGGCGAGAAAUCUUGGAUAAGCCAGAGCAGGAGCAGCCUCCCUCUUUCUCUCCGGAGAAGAGAAUACAGCAGAAUAAAAUGGCGUCGUUGUCAGCUAUUUCGAGAGCCGAAAUCCUGUCUCUGUACCGCUCUCUUCUACGCACAGCCCGCCAAUUCUGCGAUUACAACAUCAGAGAAUACACGAAGCGCCGCAUCAUCGACGCUUUCUGCGAAAACCGGAACCUAUCGGACCCCUCUACCAUCUCCGCUGCUUUCUCUGACGGUAAGGCUCAGCUCGAAGUCGCUAAAAGACAAGCCACCGUCUACUCUCUCUACGCCCCCAAAAUCAAGAGCGUCAUGGAAACCAAUUCCUUUUCUUCUGUUUCUAAUUAGAUAAAAUAUGGAAAGAAAAAGAACCCUCUCGUUCACAAUGAUGAUGGGUUUUUUUUUUUUUGAACUUAAUUUUACUUUGUAAUUGCUGCUAUUGUAUUUCUUGGUACUAGAAAGUUUUGUUUUUCGAAGUGAGAGUUUGAAACUUUGAAUGGCAUAUGAGAACUGAAAUCUUUCUU